ACCCACGGACGCAAUCGGUACACCGGCAGGGUUUGUGCUUUACGGGAGUGAUCUUUUUAUAACGCGAUCUAAUUAAACACCAAGACCUCAUUCUAUACGUGCGUUAUUACAGCUGGAUAGCGUUUAGUUGUUUGUUUGGCAACCUCCCUUCAGUCGCCUUUAAUCUUAUGUUAUUUCUGUCGUUUCAAUGGCAAGACGGCAAUUAAAGGUACAGACGCCUAUCGAUUACUAUUGUCCAGCCAGCUAGGUUGGUCGUGCUGUAUCGAAGUGAAACGCAAGGCCAGAGGCGGAUUUAGGGAUCAAGGUGUCCGAGAGAGGAGAGAGAAGAUGGGCUCGGGCUUUCGGAGCGAGGAAAUGUGUCUGGCGCAGCUGUUCCUGCAGUCCGGCUCUGCGUACGACUGCAUCAGCGAACUCGGAGAAAUGGGGCUGGUCGAGUUUCGAGAUCUCAACCCCAGCGUGAGCUCCUUCCAGCGCCGCUUCGUCAGUGAGAUCAAGAGAUGUGAGGAGAUGGAGAGGAUUCUGGGGUAUCUGCUGAGGGAAAUCAAGAAGGCUAAUCUUGCAGUGCCAGAGGCUGAAAUCCCUCCUGCUGCUCCUGCACCCAAAAAUGUCUUGGAGAUCAUGGAGCAACUGCAGAGGCUGGAGGUGGAGCUCAGCGAGGUGGCCAGGAAUAAAGAGAAGCUCCAGAGGAACCAGCUGGAACUGACGGAGUACACACACAUGCUGAGAAUCACACACACGUUCAUGCACAGCCGCUCCAGGCAUGAAGCCCUGGGCCCUCAGUAUGAAGAGUUCCCGUCUCUGGAGACUGAAUCAGUGUCAGGCUGCACCAGCAUGCAGCGACUGGGCGCCAAACUCGGGUUUAUCUCUGGGUUGAUUCAGCGGGUGAAGGUGGAGGCGUUUGAGCGCAUGCUCUGGCGCGUCUGUAAAGGAUACACCAUCCUCAGCUACGCAGAAGUGGAUGAGAGCCUGGCUGAUCCUGACACGGGGGAGAUCAGUAAGAAUGUAGUGUUCCUCAUCUCCUUUUGGGGUGACCAGAUUGGACAGAAGGUUCAAAAAAUUUGUGACUGUUACCACUGCCAUCUCUACCCCCACCCUGAAACAGAUGAGGAGAGGGCCGAUGUGAUGGACAGCUUGAGGACACGCAUCCAUGACUUACAAAACGUUUUGCACCGCACUGAGGAUUACUUGAAGCAGGUCUUGCAUAAGGUGUCUGAGUCAGCGCACUCAUGGGUGCUGCAAGUGAAGAAGAUGAAAGCCAUCUAUCACAUCCUUAACCUCUGCAGCUUCGACGUCACCAACAAGUGUCUCAUCGCUGAAGUGUGGUGUCCGGUCAGCGACCUGGCGAACCUGAGGCGGGCGUUGGAGGAGGGCUCAAGAAAAGGUGAUGCCACCGUCCCUUCCUUCGUGAACCGUAUCCCAAGCAGUGACACUCCUCCAACACUUUUGAGGAGCAACAAGUUUACCUCAGGCUUCCAGAGUAUAGUGGAAGCGUAUGGAGUGGGCGACUACAGGGAGGCCAGCCCGGCUCCUUAUACCAUUAUCACCUUUCCCUUCCUGUUUGCGGUGAUGUUUGGAGAUCUUGGUCAUGGUUCAGUCAUGACGCUCUUUGCUUUGUGGAUGGUGUUGACUGAGAAGGACCACAAGAGGAGACGACCAGGAAAUGAGAUCUGGACUACCUUUUUUGAUGGGCGGUACAUCAUACUGAUGAUGGGAUUAUUCUCCAUAUACACUGGACUCAUUUAUAAUGACUGUUUCUCCAAAUCUAUCAACAUCUUUGGCUCAGCCUGGAGCGUCAAGGCCAUGUUCACACAGCAGGAGUGGACAAAUGAAACUCUACAGACAAAUGCUUUACUCACCUUGGAUCCCAACGUUUCCGGUGUGUUCUCUGGACCUUAUCCACUGGGCAUUGAUCCAAUUUGGAACAUGGCCGUGAAUCGCCUGACUUUCCUCAACUCCUACAAGAUGAAGAUGUCUGUGAUCAUCGGAGUCAUCCACAUGAGCUUUGGGGUGGUGCUCAGUGUCUUCAACCACUUGCACUUCCGACAGAAGUUUAAGAUCUAUCUUCUCUUUCUUCCUGAGCUGCUCUUUCUACUUUGUCUCUUUGGGUAUUUGGUCUUUAUGAUCUUUUACAAAUGGCUGGCGUUCUCAGUGCGAGACUCACAACUGGCUCCCAGCAUUCUCAUCCACUUUAUCAACAUGUUCCUAAUGCAGGAGAGCGCCACUGCACCACUUUACCCUGGCCAGAUGGCACUGCAGGUGUUUCUCGUGGUGAUGGCUCUGCUGUCGGUGCCAGUGCUGUUAUUCGGGAAACCUCUGUACCUCCACUGGCUGCAUCAUGGCGGGAAGAGUCUGGGGGUCCACAGGGGCUAUGAGAGAGUUCGGCGUGUGAGUGAAGAAGAUCUGUCACCGUCUGUAGUUCAUGAUGAAGAGGAGGGACUAGGCGACUCAGGAGGGCCACAAGAGGUUAAAGUUGACCGAUCUCGCAUUCAGUCACCAUUAAAACACAAAGUUUUGUCUUGUAUAAAUGUCACUAACAGCAUGUUUGUUCAUUGGCAGUUUCAUUUCGGAGAUGUAUUCCUGCAUCAAGCAAUUCACACUAUAGAGUACUGCUUGGGGUGCAUUUCCAACACGGCCUCCUAUCUGCGUCUCUGGGCCCUGAGUCUCGCCCACGCCCAGCUGUCAGAGGUGCUGUGGGCGAUGGUGAUGCGUCUGGGUCUGAGGGUGAGCUCCAGACUGGGCGUGCUUUUCCUCGUGCCUGUGUUCAGUGUCUUUGCUCUGCUCACUAUCUCCAUUCUCCUGGUCAUGGAGGGUCUGUCCGCUUUCCUCCACGCACUGCGUCUUCACUGGGUGGAAUUUCAGAACAAAUUCUACAGUGGAACGGGAGUCAAAUUUGCCCCCUUUGACUUCUCCAUGCUGCCCUCUGUCUUUGAGCAAGAUGGGUUACUCUGACUGCACAACACUUUGAUUAGGACACUGUAGCUUAUCAUGACCUAUUGACCUUUAGGCACUGGACGAUGACCCAGCAGAUGACUAGGAAAAAGCUUUUGGCACUGCAGAACGUGGUCAGGGUUGAAUCAGUACAUUAACCUGGCAGCCUGAUUUGCAGCAGUCCAUAUCAGAUGUUUCAGGUGCAGGGUUAUCAGUUGUGGUCCCAUCGUGUGCUGUCAUUUGAGGAUUGUCAACAAAGUCCUGUUAUUAUAUUUAUUUUAAGAGACAUAACUUGUCAUAAGCAUUCUCUGUCAUAUCGAGUUUCAAAGUGCCAUAACUAUUUUUCAACAAACUGUUUUGUAUGCUACACUGAAAUGUACUUUUGCUUGCUUUAGCUAAGUCUUAGAAAGAAAAGAAAAAACUUUAAAGGUAAACUAUGGUGUGGGUAAUUCUACACUGUGCAACAAUGAACAAUGCCAAAUAACAAAUAUAAUUUACAAUGUGAUAUUAAAGCAUAAUUUACAACA